AAGUUGCAACGCUCCCUUGCAGCACAAGGAAACCAGACCCGCGCUGGGCAGGAACGGAAAGGUUCCUUCCCGAAAAGUGAACGUGGGUUGAAGGGGCGUGGCCUGGGUCGCCGACCGACGGACUUUCGCGCUCCCUGAGGGAGAAGCCGAGUCCGCUGACAAUUCAGCCGGAGCUGCGGUCUCCCGCCGUUGCCCUCGGCUGGCCCCGACCUGUGUUUCUGCCUGGCGAGGAAGAAGCGCCCGAGUUCUCCGAGGGAAUCUUCGAAGUUCCCAAAACAAAAAGGGGCGCCCUCUGCCCGGCUUCUCCCGGGGCGCUGCCGAGCAUGGGCGGGCAAUGCUGCUGCUUAUCCGAAGAGCAGCUCCUGAGGCUGGAGAUCGAGCGGCGGCUGCGGCGAGACAAGCGGCAUUCCAGCAAGGAGCUGAAGCUGCUGCUCUUGGGUAAGGAAAUAUCUCUGGAAUGAUGACCCAACUAGGUACAGGAGAGAGUGGGAAAAGUACAUUUAUCAAGCAGAUGAAGAUAAUUCAUGGAUCAGGCUUUUCAGAAGAAGAGCGGAAAAGUUACACAAAACUGGUUUAUCAUAACAUAUAUUCUGCUAUGCAAGCUAUGGUGAGCGCUAUGGAUGCUUUACAAAUACCAUACUCAUCUGAACAAAGCAAGGAUGACAGCCGGAUGAUUGAAGAGAUACAAACAGACAAAAUAGAAAGCCUGGAAAGAAAAUAUGCAGAAGCAAUUAAGAGGCUAUGGCAGGAUCCAGGCAUCCAAGAGUGCUACCGCCGACGAAGAGAAUACCAAUUGUCAGAUUCAGCUAAAUAUUUCCUUUCAGAUUUAGAACGUAUUGCUGUGCCAUUAUUUGUGCCAAAUGAGCAAGAUGUCCUCAGAGUAAGAAUACCAACCACUGGAAUAAUUGAAUACCCUUUUGUGCUACAAAAAGUUCCUUUUCGAAUGGUAGAUGUUGGUGGACAAAGAUCAGAAAGAAGGAAAUGGAUCCACUGCUUUGAAAAUGUGACCUCAAUUAUAUUUUUAGUUGCACUGAGUGAAUAUGACCAAGUCCUGGCAGAAUCCCAUAAUGAGAAUCGUUUGGAAGAAAGCAAGGCCUUAUUUAAAACAGUAAUUACCUACCCUUGGUUUCAGAAGUCUUCAAUCAUCUUGUUCUUAAACAAAAAAGAUAUUUUAGAAGAGAAAAUUAUGUAUUCUCAUUUAAUUAACUAUUUUCCCCAGUUCCAAGGACCAAAACAAGAUGUCAAAGCUGCUGGAGACUUCAUUCUGCAGUUAUACAAGGAUCAGAAUUCAGACAAAGACAUCUAUGCUCACUUUACGUGUGCCACUGACACCGAGAACAUUCGAUUUGUGUUUGCAGCUGUUAAAGACACCAUCCUUACUCGGAAUCUAAAGGAAUUCAACCUGGCAUAAAUAAAAGAGCGUCAGCUACAUACGUUUGUCUAUACUGCAAUUUUAUUUAUUACUUAUGAAAUAUAUGCUAUGUAAUAGAUUUUUAAACAAUUGUUUGUGUCCUUGCUAAAAAUGGAAGGGAACUUCGAAUAAAUUUAGAACUUUUUAAGGAAUAGAUUUUGAAUAUUCUGCUUUUAAUUUUUUGGAGGGGAUUUGUGAACAUUUUGGUCAUAAUCAGAGAUCCUUUUGCCUUUCAUAAUUUAUAAUAGAUGUGCAUUUAAACCUAGUGAGGCCACAAGAAUGAGUUUGAGACUAAUUGUAUUAUUAUUCAACAGAAAGAGGGGUGCUUAGUUUUGAGUAAUUAUUUAUUAAGUGUUUUAAUGGUGCCUUUCUCCUUGUAGUGAACAAGUGGCCUUAACAGGUGGGAGCAGUUGAUUGCUCUUUUUUUAGGCUCAGAAAAACAAAAACAAAGUAGCCUCAAGCCUAAUUAUUAUGUAGGUGUGAAUUAUCUAAGUCUCUCAGGCUAAAUAAAAAAAAGUUGGAACUGGUCUGAUGAGGGGACUGAUUAAUAAAGUCUUCACAUGCAGGUCCUGUGAAAUUCGCAUGAAGUUACCAUGAACUGAGCUUCAUUAGAGUAUGUAUUUUACUUGCAAUCAAAUGAUGGAUACUAGAGAGGCUGUUUGCAUAUCUUCUCACUUAAUGACAGGCAAUUACAACUGACGGGUGAUUUUAUGGAAAACCUUGAUGAUUUAAUAUUAUUUGAAUUAAUAGGUUAACAAACCAAAGAGUUGUUUGAGGGACCCUCUCUUCCCAAUUACAUCUAUCUGUCAGAAGGGAUGUAUUAUGGGUCCAAUCUGAUCAGAUAUUCCACCUGAAGGGAAACAAAAUAUCAGCCUUUUCUGCUGUGGUUCCUGCCCUCGAGCCCAAGUGAGGUUGGCCCUCUUCCUAUUCCAGCUUUCUGGAAACCCUGUAAUAAAACAUGGUUUUUCCAACAACCUUGAGGAACCCAUAGGGCAGCGAUGGUUAACCUUUUCAGCACUGAGUGCCAAAACUGGAAUAUGCGCGCAUGCAUGUGCACGCGCACACUGGAGCACUGGAACUCAGAAGAUGGAUGAUGCGCAUGCACGCUGGACCAGCUGGCCGCCAUGCAUGCGCGCGAUGGAACCUAGAAGAGCAGCUGGC